UAUCAACAGUGUUGUUAGCAUCGAUGCUAAAUCUUUGAUCCUGUCGGUAAAUUAAUCAGUUAUUAUGAAUUUAUAACAGAGGAUCAAACACAGCGGAUAUCGAAAGUUUAUCCCAUUUUUUUUCUACCGUAAGUGAUAAGGAGGAGGAACCAGGAUGUACGCCGUGUACCGCCAGGCUCAUCAUCCCACCGCCGUGGAGUUCUCCGUCUACUGUAACUUCAUCUCCAGCGAAGAGAAGAACCUGGUGGUGGCUGGAACGUCGCAGCUCUACGUCUACAGGAUCAUUAAUGAUUAUGAGAGCUCCUCAAAACCAGACAAGGGAUCAGAUGGGAAGAGUCGUAAGGAGAAGCUGGAGCAGGUCGCCUCCUUCUCCUUGUUCGGGAACAUCAUGUCCAUGGCCAGCGUUCAGCUCGUGGGUGCCAGCAGAGACGCCCUGCUGCUCAGCUUCAAGGAUGCCAAGUUAUCGGUGGUGGAGUACGACCCAGGAACUCACGACCUCAAGACGCUCUCGCUGCAUUACUUCGAGGAGCCUGAACUUCGGGACGGCUUCGUGCAGAACGUCCAUAACCCCAUGGUGCGGGUGGAUCCGGAGAACCGGUGCGCCGUGAUGCUGGUGUACGGGACGCAGCUGGUGGUCCUGCCCUUCAGGAAGGACACGCUGACCGACGAGCAGGAGGGCAUCGUGGGAGAAGGCCAGAAGUCCAGUUUCCUCCCGAGCUACAUUAUCGACGUCCGGCAGCUGGAUGAGAAGCUGCUCAACAUCAUUGACAUGAAGUUCCUGCACGGGUACUACGAGCCCACCCUCCUGAUCCUGUACGAACCCAACCAGACCUGGCCCGGGCGUGUUGCGGUGCGUCAGGACACGUGCAGCAUCGUGGCCAUCUCUCUGAACAUCAUGCAGAAGGUUCACCCGGUGAUCUGGUCCCUCAGUAACCUGCCCUUCGACUGCACACAGGUCAUGGCUGUACCCAAACCUAUAGGUGGGGUGGUGGUGUUUGCCAUCAACUCGCUGCUCUACUUAAACCAAAGCGUCCCGCCUUUCGGUGUGUCGCUCAACAGCCAGACCAACGGGACCACAGCGUUUCCCCUACGAGUUCAGGAGGAAGUGAAGCUGACCCUGGAUUGCUCUCAGGCUGCGUUCAUCGCCACCGAUAAGAUGGUCAUCUCUCUCAAAGGAGGAGAAAUCUACGUUCUGACCCUCAUCACGGACGGCAUGAGGAGCGUGAGAGCUUUUCACUUCGACAAGGCCGCCGCCAGCGUCCUCACCACCUGCAUGGUGACGAUGGAGCCGGGGUUCCUGUUCCUGGGGUCCAGGUUGGGGAACUCUUUGCUCCUGAGAUACACGGAGAAGCUACAGGAGACUCAGAUGGAGGAGAGCAAAGAGGAGCAAGAGAAAGAGAACGACAAACAGGAAGAGCCGCCCAGUAAAAAGAAGCGAGCGGAUUCUAACUGGACUGGAAAAGCCUCCAUGCCGGAUGAGCUGGAUGAGAUUGAGGUGUACGGGAGUGAAGCUCAGUCCGGCACGCAGUUGGCCACCUACUCCUUCGAGGUGUGCGACAGCAUUCUGAACAUCGGACCUUGUGUGAACGGAUCUAUGGGAGAACCAGCCUUCCUGUCAGAAGAGUUCCAGAGUAACCCAGAACCCGACCUGGAGGUGGUGGUGUGUUCCGGAUACGGGAAGAACGGGGCUCUGUCCGUCCUCCAGAGGAGCAUCAGACCCCAAGUGGUCACGACGUUCGCUCUUCCCGGCUGUCAGGACAUGUGGACGGUCAUCUCCAGCGAGGACAAAGCUGAGAAGGCUCCAGCGGAGGAGGAGCAGGAACCUCCGCAGGAGGAGAAGCAGGAGCCCACGGUGGAGGACCAGAACGACAAACAUGGCUUUCUGAUUCUGAGCAGGGAGGAUUCCACCAUGAUCCUGCAGACGGGGCAGGAGAUCAUGGAACUGGACACCAGUGGCUUCGCUACUCAGGGACCCACCGUGUACGCCGGCAACAUCGGAGACAACAAGUACAUCAUCCAGGUUUCACCCAUGGGCAUCAGACUGCUGGAGGGGGUCACCCAGCUUCACUUCAUCCCCGUGGAUCUGGGCUCGCCGAUCGUCCACUGCUCCGUGGCCGACCCCUACGUGGUGAUCAUGACCGCCGAGGGCGGGGUCACCAUGUUCGUCCUGAAGAGCGACACCUACAUGGGGAAGACGCACCGCCUGUCGCUGCACAAACCGCAACUGCACACGCAGUCGCGUGUGAUCGCCCUGUGCGCGUACCGCGACGUGAGCGACAUGUUCACCAUUGAAAAUAAAGUCAGCUUCACCGCCAAGGACGACACGCUGAGCAGGAGCCAAUCAGAGGCCGAGACUCUCUACCACGACCUCAGCGCCACCGUAGAUGACGAAGAGGAGAUGCUGUACGGAGAGUCGAACCCUCUGACCAGUCCGACUAAAGACGAACUGAACCGCUCGACUUCUGCACCACUGUCGCAGUCCGAGCGCCACGGCGGCGCCAGCAAGCAGGAACCCACGCACUGGUGCAUGGUGGUGCGCGAGAACGGCGUCAUGGAGAUCUAUCAGCUGCCCGACUGGCGGUUGGUGUUCCUGGUGAAGAACUUCCCGGUGGGGCAGCGCGUGCUGGUGGAUAGCUCGGCCGGCCAACCGGCCGCUCAGGGAGAGAUGAAGAAGGAGGAAUUGACGCGCCAGGGAGAGAUCCCGUUGGUCAAGGAGGUCAUGCUGGUGUCGCUCGGGCACAAUCGCAGUCGGCCGUACCUGCUGGCUCACGUGGACCAGGAGCUGCUGAUCUACGAGGCGUUCCCGUACGACCAGCAGCAGGCACAAAGCGGCAACCUGAAAGUGCGCUUCAGGAAGAUGCCGCACAAUAUUAACUACCGAGAAAAGAAAUCCAAACUGAAGAAGGACAGAAAGAUCGAGGGUGGAGAGGAAAACUUCGAACCCAAGGCUCGUGCUGCCCGGUUCAGAUACUUUCAGGACAUCUCGGGAUACUCUGGAGUCUUCAUUUGUGGUCCGUCUCCUCACUGGAUGUUUGUGACGUCACGCGGCGCCAUGAGACUCCACCCUAUGCAUAUAGACGGCUCCAUCGAGUCUUUCGCCCCUUUUCACAACGUGAACUGCCCCAAGGGCUUCCUGUACUUCAACAAGCAGGGUGAACUGAGGAUCAGCGUGUUGCCCACGUACCUCUCGUACGACGCCCCGUGGCCCGUCAGGAAGAUUCCUCUGCGCUGUACAGUUCACUACGUCAACUACCACGUGGAGUCCAAGGUCUACGCUGUGUGUUGCAGCAUUAAGGAACCUUGUACGCGCAUCCCCAGAAUGACGGGGGAGGAGAAAGAGUUCGAAACGAUAGAACGGGACGAGCGCUACAUUAACCCUCAGCAGGACAGAUUCUUUAUUCAGCUUAUUUCUCCGGUCAGCUGGGAGGCCAUUCCUAACACCCGGAUCGAUCUGGAGGAGUGGGAACACGUGACGUCGAUGAAGACGGUGGCUCUGAAGAGUGAGGAGACGGUGUCGGGGCUGAAGGGUUACGUGGCUGUAGGAACCUGUUUAAUGCAGGGAGAGGAAGUGACGUGCAGGGGCCGGAUCCUGAUCCUGGACGUGAUCGAGGUGGUACCAGAGCCGGGUCAGCCUCUCACCAAGAACAAGUUUAAGGUUCUGUAUGAGAAGGAGCAGAAGGGUCCGGUCACGGCGCUGUGCCACUGCAGCGGCUACCUCGUCUCCGCCAUCGGCCAGAAGAUCUUCCUGUGGAGUCUGAAGGAUAAUGAUCUGACUGGAAUGGCGUUUAUAGACACGCAGCUCUACAUCCAUCAGAUGUUCAGCAUCAAGAACUUCAUCCUGGCUGCUGACGUGAUGAAGAGCAUCUCACUGCUGCGCUACCAGGAGGAGAGCAAAACCCUCUCGCUCGUCAGCAGGGAGGCGAAGCCUCUGGAGGUCUACAGCACUGAGUUCAUGGUGGACAACAACCAGCUCGGCUUUCUGGUUUCUGACAGAGAGAAAAACCUGCUGGUUUACAUGUACCUGCCAGAAGCUAAGGAGAGUUUUGGCGGGAUGCGUCUGCUGCGUAGAGCCGAUUUUAACGUCGGCGCUCAUGUGAACACGUUCUGGCGGAUGCCCUGCCGCGGGGUUCAGGAUCAAAGCAGCAAAAAAGCCCUGACCUGGGAUAAUAAACACAUCACCUGGUUCGCGACUCUGGACGGAGGGAUCGGACUGCUCCUACCCAUGCCGGAGAAAACGUACCGCCGCUUACUGAUGUUACAGAACGCUCUCACCACCAUGCUGCCUCACCACGCCGGCCUCAACCCUAAAGCCUUCAGAAUGCUGCAUGUGGAGCGCCGGCCGUUACAGAACGCAGUGCGGAACAUUCUGGAUGGAGAACUGCUGAACAAGUACCUGUACCUGAGCACCAUGGAGCGCAGUGAACUCGCCAAGAAGAUCGGCACCACCUCCGACAUCAUUUUGGAGGACCUGCUGGAGAUCGAUCGAGUGACCGCUCACUUCUGAGACUCUCUCAGGUUCCAGAGGAAAAUCUGUUCCGCGUUUGUUUGUUUUUUGUGAUCGUUGUUCUGUACAAUAUUCAGUUUUGUAUGAAAAUGGGUCGAAUAAAAGAAAAUUCUGGAUAAAAAA